AUGCGUCCGACGGCGCCCGCUUUGUUGCGAAAGCCAGGGGGCGAGGUUCUGCGGUCCCCACGCGCGGCGUGCCUAGACGCAGAGGGCGGGGCGGAAGAUGGAGGCGGUAGCGUCCGCUGCAACGGUUGGGGUUGUGCGAGAGGAGGUGGUCGUGUAGACACCUGGGCUGGGAGCAGCGUGGCGGCGGUCAGGCCAUGGCGUGUGACCCUCUCCUCUGGGCUCCCUGAAGUGUGCUCCCGGGGAACCGGGUCCCAUGGGCUCUCUGAGUAGCCGAGUGCUGCGCCACCCUGGGCGAGCCCGAGCCCAGGAGGAGACCGGUCCUGGGGUGGGGGGCUCGGCUCGGAGACCCGAGACUGGCGGCGAUGCGGCCGGCCACGGCUUCUGUUACUGCCCCGGCAGUCGCAAGCGCAAGCGUAGUAGCGGGGCCUUCUGCUACUGUCACCCCGACUCCGAGACAGAGGAGGAGGAGGAGGGAGACGAGCAGCAGCGGCUCCUCAACACCCCUCGAAGGAAAAAAUUAAAGAGUACAUCCAAAUAUAUUUAUCAAACAUUAUUUUUGAAUGGUGAAAACAGUGACAUUAAAAUAUGUGCUCUAGGAGAAGAGUGGAGCUUACACAAAAUAUAUUUAUGUCAGUCUGGCUAUUUUUCUAGCAUGUUCAGUGGUUCUUGGAAAGAAUCCAGCAUGAAUAUUAUUGAACUGGAAAUUCCUGACCAGAAUAUUGAUAUAGAAGCACUGCAGGUUGCAUUCGGAUCGCUGUAUCGAGAUGACGUCUUAAUAAAGCCCAGCCGAGUAGUGGCCAUUUUGGCAGCAGCUUGCAUGCUGCAGUUGGAUGGUUUAAUACAGCAGUGUGGUGAGACAAUGAAGGAAACAAUUAAUGUGAAAACUGUGUGUGGCUAUUACACAUCAGCAGGGACCUAUGGAUUAGAUUCUGUAAAGAAAAAGUGCCUUGAAUGGCUUCUAAACAAUUUGAUGACUCACCAGAAUGUUGAACUUUUCAAAGAACUCAGCAUAAAUGUCAUGAAACAGCUCAUUGGCUCAUCUAACUUAUUUGUGAUGCAAGUGGAGAUGGAUGUAUAUACCGCUCUAAAAAAGUGGAUGUUCCUUCAACUGGUGCCUUCUUGGAACGGAUCUUUAAAACAGCUUUUGACAGAAACAGAUGUUUGGUUUUCUAAGCGGAAAAAAGAUUUUGAAAGUAUGACCUUCCUUGAAACUGAGCAAGGAAAACCAUUCAUGUCAGUGUUCAGACAUUUAAGGUUACAGUAUAUUAUUAGUGAUCUGGCUUCUGCAAGGAUUAUUGAACAGGAUUCUCUAAUACCUUCAGAAUGGCUAUCUUCUGUGUAUAAACAGCAGUGGUUUGCUAUGCUCCGGGCAGAACAAGACAGUGAAGUGGG